UGCGCUUUCAAUCAGCUGGUCAAUGCACUCUUCAAAGACGCAAGACCAUUCAUUCAAUUCAUUUUUUCAUUCCAAUUCAAGGAAGUGAGUAAACGUAAUCAAUCAAAACUGACAAGUAUGUUCUAAUUUUACGCCAAUUUGCAGUUAAUAGUAGAUAAUGGUUCAAGCUUCUUGGUGAAAUAGUAUUUUUGAUUUACUGAAUCAUGGGUAGUGUUGAAGAAAUCUCAAAAUUCAAUGAACAAAAACACGUCGAGUUUCUGGAUGAGUAUGGUCCGAAUUUGAAAACAUUGCCAGUUACCGACCAAGUAAAGGAGCUGCAAACUAUUAUUCGUGACAGAAACACAACGAGGAGCGACUUCAAGUUCUAUGCAGACAGACUGAUUAGGCUAGUGAUAGAAGAAUCUCUGAACCAGCUUCCGUUCACGAAAUGCGUGAUCACCACACCGACCGGAUCCUACUACAAUGGCCUCAAGUACGAGAGAGGCAACUGCGGAGUCUCCAUUGUUCGCAGUGGAGAAGCUAUGGAGCAAGGUUUGCGAGACUGCUGCCGUAGCAUUAGAAUCGGCAAGAUUCUAGUCGAGUCGGACGCAGAUACGCAUGAAGCACGGGUCGUUUAUGCGAGGUUUCCCGAGGAUAUUGCAGCACGGAAAGUGCUCUUGAUGUAUCCGAUCAUGAGUACAGGCAACACAGUGAUCAAGUCUGUGACAGUUCUAAUGGAGCACAAUGUACUGGAGGAGAACAUAAUUCUCUCCAACCUUUUCUGCACACCGUUCGCUGCCAAAAGUAUUAUAUCUGCAUUUCCACAGAUGACGAUUCUGACGUCAGAGGUGCACCCAGUCGCUCCCAACCAUUUCGGUCAGAAGUAUUUCGGCACAGAUUGAGUUCCUUUUUUGAAAAAAAAACUUUUCUAUCAAGUAUUAUGUUAUUUGUAUUCUGCUACUGGCAGCCCAGCUCCAAACACUGUAAAAAUAUCUUAGAAAGUUGAUGUUAUUUUAAAAUAAAACGCAAUUUGAAGUAA